AGCUCUUUUGGGAGGAGUUAACCCUUUAACGCGCUACAGGGUUUAAAUCCUUGGAAGUACACGUCCGUUUCGUGCAUCUGUCCGGGACGGGAGGGAGAGAAACAGAGGCAUAAAGAAAGACAGCACUCAAAACAGAGAAAGCUCUUUCAGCCAAGAAAGCAGCAAAUCAUUUGGAAUAAAUAACACAGACCCUUUCUUCGGAAUACGGGGAAGGAAAAAAGAAGAAUCUCUCUUUUUUUUUUUUUUUUUUUUGCAUUCAUCUCAAACCUGGUUCUUCGGCAGAAAGACACACAAAAAAGUUGGAAUUAAAUAUCAGAAGCGGAUCGGAGUCGGUGUUUUGUGUCAGAACUAAACCGAUUUCCUCAAGCAGUUUAGUUUUUGAUAUAUUAUCAUUUGCGCAGAUUAUUUUGCGAUUGUUUUGCACAGCCCUAGUAUAUUUUGUAUAUAUAAAGACGACUGUUUUUCACCAGUUAUAGACUAAUAUUUAUUAAAUUAAUAGCGGUACGCCUGGCUCUGUUAUAAAUUAUCUGUCAAAAAAAACUUGAUUUACAAAGAAGAACAAAAACGCAAGAUCCUGGAUUUUUGUAUUUUUUGUGAGAAACCCCCAGAGUUCAGUAACUCCAUCGGGGGCUGCUAAUCCUUGCAAUGGAUUCGAGGAGGAUCGCAUUAAGUUGCUGGUUCCUGUUUCUCGCAAAGGUUGCCGCAGGAGACGUCUGCGAGAGUAACCGCUUCACGGAGGAUGGCAAGUGCUGUGACCUUUGCCCCUUAGGAUUUGGGGUUGCUGUCGAAUGUGGCAAAACCAACACCCAGUGCGAAGCCUGCCAGGAGGGUGUGACAUUCUCUGCUCUCCCUGGCACCCCCUGCAGCCUGUGCUCGCUCUGCCCCCAGGGUAUCCAGGUGACGGGUCUCUGCACAGCCACGCAGGACACGCAGUGCAACUGCGGCGACGGCUUCUUCCUGAAUGUGGUGAAUGGCUCUGACCCUCUGUGCGCUCCCUGCUCAUCCUGUGGGAAAGGGCUGGGUGUGGAGUGGGAAUGCGGGCUUCACCGGGACACCAUGUGCAAGGCCUGCCCAGCGGGAACCUACUCGGAGGAGAACAGCCAGACUGAGACCUGCCUCAAUUGCACAACCUGCCAGGAGAGUGAGGUGCAGAUCCGAGAGUGCACUGCCAACUCCGACACACUCUGCAUGGACAAGAAAUUGAUGAUCUUGCAGAGACAGGGCACUGCCAACCCGAAGGACUCCCCUCGCCGCGUGGGUCCCGUGGAGUCUGAGACCAGCACCUACCCCAGCUCCCCAGACUUCAUCCCUCAGGAGGACAGCGGCAAGAACAUCAUCCCAGUGUACUGCUCCAUCCUGGCAGCCGUCGUCAUUGGCCUGAUCAUCUAUGUCGCAUACAAGUGCUGGACCUCAUGCAAGCAGAAGCAGCAGCUGGCAAAAGCACGUGCCGGCGAGCUCAGCUGCUCCCCUGAAGGAGAGAAGCUGCACAGCGACAGCGGGGUCUUCCUGGAUACACACAGCUUGCAGGAGACACAGCAGCUCAAAGGCAAUAAACUGGAGAGCUGUCUGUACCUCAAUGUUGCCCCCCAGAGGCAGGAGGAGAUUGAGAAGCUGCUGCUGGACACCUCCAGCGGUGGGAAGGGCUGGCGCCACCUGGCUGCUCAGCUGGGGUAUGAGCAGGAUCGUGUGGACACGUUUGGGCGGGGCGAGGACCCUGUGCACACCCUGCUGUCCGAUUGGUCUGCUCAGGAGGGCGCCACCGUGUCAGUGCUAUACGCUGCGCUGAGCUGCAUCGAGAGGAGUGAAGUGGCCGCGGCUCUAAGCAGACCAGCCGAGGCCAGCUCCGUGGUGUGACCUGGGACAGAGAGAGAGAGAACUGCGGGGGAGCUGGAGGGAGGGAGAGAUUAACAUAUGCAUAUCUCCCAGAGAGAAAUCCAAAUGACUAGAGGUCUGAAGUGUUAGAAAUCUGAGAAAUGAAACACCUUGAACGAAAUUAAACUGAACAGCAGGGUACAGCCUUUUGAAGUGACAAGCCAAUGCAUCUGAUGAGGCUGCUGGCAGAAGAUGAUUGCCAAGUAAAAGCAGCAAAUCUGAAAUCCUGCAGAUGGAGCACGCUUCACAAGGAAUGAAGCAUUCACUUACUUUCCACUCCCAUUUUCCCACUGCCCUGUAUGUAACAGUAUUUUUAGUGCUAUUGCUAGAUAAUCCUAGUUAAAACUACCAAACAAUACUGACGCCCAGAAAGAGAAAUGACAACUGCCAAAACUGACCUGGGCACCUGGGAUUCCAGCUGGUCAGUUGGCCCAGGGGAAUCUGAAGAACAGACAUGAAUAAGGUGGUCAGACAACAAAGUGGCAAUACACUGGGAUUUUAGUCCUGUGAGUCUUGGUUGGGCAGUUUGAAGUAUAACAGACAAGGAAUGCUCAGAGUCAGGCUAAAUGUCAUUUCGUUGCAGUAGGUAUGCAAAACAUUUAGAGUUACAGCAUGUGCCCAACAGUGGCGCUGUGUGCUGUGUAAAAAAUUCCAUUAGAUAAUAUUCUUGGAUGUGUUCUAGUCUGGCAUACAUUAAGCUUAGUUCAUAUUGAACAGAAUGGAAACUUAGAGCUUAGAGGUUAGAGCUGGGGACCAGGGGCCUGUGGGGGCCUUGGCAUGAAUCCCAGCUCAGACACUUCCUGACAGGUAUGUGUGAUCUAGUGCCUCUUGUCACAGUAUAUCUGGAACCAAACAGCAGCCCGCUGGAAAGGGAGAUGUUGUCUACAAAUUGAGCUAUCAUUUUGUAUUCUAUAAAUAUAUAAAUAGGUUUACAUGUUUCAAACCUCAGGUGUUAAGAUGCGCUAUGAAUUGCGUGGGCUUGCUUUCCUCAAGAGAAUGGGCUAGAUUCUCAAAGAUAUUUACUUCAAAUGGUAAUAUUUAUUACAUUAUACUAAAACAAUUCAGAGCAUUUAUGGGCUUGUCUUAAGUUGCUUAUUUGUAUUAAAUUGAAAGUGUGCUAAAAAGGAAUUGUAUGGCAGUUUGGAGUAAACAUAUAUUUGAGAAUCAAGCCCAGUGUUUUAGAAUGCUUUAUGUGAUACAACCUAACCUGAACACAACAGUUUGCCCUGUGCCCAGUCAGAGAGUGAACUAAAGUCAGACUGACUCCUUGAAUUGUAACCAGUUCUAGAUACCAUACCAACUUGCAAGAAGUGCUACCCACAGUGGGUGCACUGGGCAUUUCAAGAAACCCAUGAGCUAUUUCCAAUGUAUGCAGUAUACACACAGUAAUGUACAGAAGCGGUCCAUCAUGCUUUUUGUGGUUUGAAACCUGGCCACAGACCUCUGCACACCACCCCCCUGGUUCUAUCUUUCUUUUUAUAUAUGUUAUAUUGUUCUUUCCAUUCAUUCACUCUUUUUUUAUCUUGAUUUCUUACACUUUAGCUGAUGUUUUCAAAUUAUUAUUAUAU